AUGGUGGAUCUCCUCCUUAACUUGUCCAUCUCAAAGUGCAUAACAACAUCACCCAAAUCAAGCUCUAUUUUCCCUUUCUUCACAUCAAUGAUAGCACCAGAUGUUACUAAGAAGGAUCUUCCCAAGAUAAGAGGAUCUAUAGGUUCUUCAGCAUAUUCCAAAACCACAAAGUCUGUGGGAAUCAAGUGGCCUUCAAUAUUCAGUGGAACAUCCUCUAAGACACCUUGUGGGAGUCUUUUGGAUCAAUCAGCUAGGAUAAGAGAGAUCCUAGUUGGCUUGAAAUCAGUCAUUCUAAGUCUAGCAGUAACAGAGGAAAGCAUCAAGUUUACACUGGAACCAAGAUCACAAAAAGAAUGA